CGUAGUUGUCCUCGCUUCAAUUUCUUCCGGAAGAAACAAAGCAUUGCGCAAAGGGCGGAAUGUAACACCGCCGUAACUCCACACUGUCACAACUCAGAAACAAGCAAACAGGCUUCACUUUUCUGUCAUUUUCCUUGUCCACGGAGCUGCUUCAUGCUGCUGUGCCGGGUUUCGGCAGUAAGCCAGACACUCACGAGAUGGGGACGGAGGUCACACCGGGGAGGCGGCCUCCUCCACCGGGCUCUCUCCUUCAGCUCCAGCCGCUGUCAUGUUGUAAGCCCAGGCGAAGUCAGCGCUAAGCCCGCAGAGGCAGGCUCUGCUCCGGGGCUGUACCGAGACACGGUGCUCCUCCCGCGGUCCGAGUUCCCAAUGAGACUGACUGGACAGAAGCUGUUGGACCGAGAACUCCAGAUCCAGCAGGAGUGCGGCUUUGCAGAUUUGUACUCCUGGCAAAGAGAGAGGAAGGCCAAGAAGGAGUUCUGCCUCCACGAUGGACCCCCGUAUGCCAACGGAGACCCACAUGUAGGACAUGCACUCAACAAGAUCCUGAAAGAUAUCCGAAACCGCUUUGAGAUGCUGCGGGGGCGGCAGGUCCACUACAUCCCCGGAUGGGACUGCCACGGCUUGCCCAUCGAACUGAAGGCUCUGGGGGAGUUGGGGACCAGCGGCCUGAGCCCCAUGCAGAUCAGACAGAAAGCGCGGCAGUUUGCGGAGGGGGCCAUAGCUCGCCAGAAGGCUGCCUUCCAGCGCUGGGGGUUGAUGGCGGACUGGGACCAGUGCUACUACACGUAUGAUGGGGCCUACGAGGCCGCUCAGCUGAAAGUCUUCCAAGAGAUGCACGGCAAGGGGUUCAUCUACCAGGACUACAAGCCAGUCUUCUGGUCCCCCUCAUCAAGAACGGCCCUGGCUGAGGCCGAGUUGGAGUACAACCCUGAGCAUGUGAGCAGAGCCAUCUACGCCACAUUCCCCCUGAGCACACUGCCACCUGAGAUGGCCUCAGAGGCAGGAUUAGAGAGUGGUGUCUCUGUGUUGGUGUGGACCACCCAGCCCUGGACCAUUCCUGCCAACCAGGCCGUCUGCUACAUGCCCAACGCCCAGUACUCGGUGGUGAAGAGGGCGGACAACUCUCAGCUGCUGUUGGUGGCCACUGAGCGCACAGCCAGCGUGGCAGCACUGCUGGCCACAGAGCUGGAGAGCAUAGGCACCUUCACAGGCUCCCAACUUGAGGGCGGGAUCUGCAAACAUCCAACAAUUCCUGACAAGGAAGUGCCGCUAUUGCCGGCCAAUCACGUGACUAUGGCGAAAGGCACGGGAUUGGUCCACACGGCGCCAGCUCACGGCAUGGAGGACUACAGUGUGGCGUCGCAGUUCAAACUGCCCGUGGAGUGCAUGGUGGACGAGGACGGCAAGUUCACUGACCUGGCCGGCCCUGAGCUACAGCAUCUGUGUGUGAUGACAGAAGGCACUGACAAAGUGAUCUCCAUGCUGGCGGAGUGCGGCGCUCUGCUGAAGGAGGAGCAGUGCGUCCACAGCUACCCGUACGACUGGAGGACCAAGCAGCCCGUCGUCAUCAGGCCCAGCAAACAGUGGUUUAUCAACACGGCGUCGCUUAAAGACAAGGCCAAGGAGGCACUGCAGAAGGUGCGUGUUUUGCCAGAGUCGGCGAGGGGCAGCCUGCUGACCAUGCUGGACAGACGGACAUACUGGUGCAUCUCCAGACAGCGAAGCUGGGGCGUCCCGAUCCCAGUCUUCUACCACAGAGAGACUGGAGAGGCUCUCAUCAACAAGCACACCGUGUCCCAUCUAGCAGAGCUCUUCAAGGAAAAGGGCAGUGACUGUUGGUGGGAGCUUCCUAUUGAGACGUUGCUGCCAGAUCAAGUGCUCAAGAAUAGUAAAGCCGGUCCAGUGACGGACUACGUUCGUGGAGAAGACGUCUUGGACAUCUGGUUUGACAGCGGAGCUUCUUGGGCUGCUGUUCUAGAAGAGAAGAUGGAGGGAGACGCUGAGGAGCCCGAGUCGCGUCUCAGCUGGCUCCCCGCUCCGCUCCGCAAACCUCUGGCCUCAGAGUCCGACUCCAGGGCAGACGCGUAUGUGGAAGGGAAGGACCAGAUCGGAGGCUGGUUUCAGUCCUCGCUGCUCACCAGCGUCGCCGUCAGGAACAAGGCCCCUUACAAGUCUCUGGUGGUCCAUGGCUUCGCUGUCAGUGAAAAAGGAGAGAAGAUGUCCAAGUCUCUGGGCAACGUAGUGGAUCCCGAUGUAGUUAUUAAUGGAGGGAAGGACCCCAGUGUGCCGGCCUACGGCGCGGACGUGCUGCGUUGGUGGGUGGCGGAGUCCAACGUCUUCUCCGAGGUUCAGAUCGGACCCACGGCGCUCAACUCGGCCAGAGACAGCAUCGGCAAGCUGAGGAACACCCUGAAGUUCCUGCUCGGCAACCUGCAGGGCUUCGACCCGCGUGUGCAGGCCGUGGACCCCAAAGAGAUGCACUACAUCGACCAGUACAUGCUGCACCAGCUCCGCGAGUACAGCAUCAAGGUGACAGACGCCUACAGCGAGUUUGAUGCCGGCAGGGCGAUCCGUGUCCUCCAAGCCUUCAUCACCAGAGAUCUCUCCAGCUUCUAUUUCAGCAUCAUCAAAGACCGGUUGUACUGUGACCCCGAGGACUCGCUGGGCAGAAGAUCAUGCCAGACGGUUUUGGAGGAGAUUCUGGACGGGGUGACCCGAUCCAUAGCGCCCAUCCUGCCACAUCUCGCUGAAGAGGUGUACCUGCACGCUCCAGGACACGACGGAGGGGAGACUCUAUUUAAGAGCGGCUGGAUCAAAAGCAGCUCGGUGUGGCGGCGCCCCGGAUUGGAGGAGGCGGUGGAGGGCGCCUGUGCCAUCAGGGACUCCUUCCUGUCUUCCAUCCCGGGCAAGAAUGCAGCUCAGUACGACCUCACCAUCGCCAUCGAACCCGGUUUGCUGUUUGAGCUCAUGGAGUCCCUCCAAGAGGAAGCCACCUCCACCUCCUCCCAGCUGGCCGAGCUGAUGACGGUGGCGCGGGUCAACCUGGCCAGCGGGCUGCCCCGGGACCUGCCCCCAGAUGCCCCGCUGAGCCACGGCACCUUCCUCAUCAACCUGGAGGGUGGUGUCAUACGAGAGGACAGCGCCUACAGCAUCGCGGCGGUGCCCACCUCUGCCGCCAGGUGCCCGCGGUGCCGCCGCUACACCGCAGACUCGGCGGACUGCCUGUGCCCGCGCUGCCAGACCAUCGUGUCACAGGCUCACUGACUAAAGCCACGCGUCCCGUCGCCGUGACGACCAGUGAACAUCGCCUCGGCCAUUUUUGUUCCCCUGCUCCGGGUGAAGUUCCUCUUGAGGGCUGAACAGAGAGCCGGUUUCAGUCCCCGUCGCCAUCGGCUGUGUUUUCCUUCAUUUUGGCCGCUGCCAGGCAAGAGAACCUGCAGCUUUGGGAAAAGUGUCCUGAAGAGCAGAUAGAAAAGCCUUCUGUCUCAAUGCUCUUCAGGCCUAAAUGUAUUAUGCACUUACAAACCACAAGGCCGAAUGUCCAUGUUGCGUUUUCUUGUUUACCCCGCCCCCGAGCACCAGUGACCUUUUUUCCAAUUGACCCAAUGAGGCGAGGGAUGAAGAUGAAGAUGUCUGCUCACUGUGGAUGAAGAUGAAGAUGUCUGCUCUGUGGAUGAAGAUGAAGAUGUCUGCUCCACACCAUCCGAUAAGAGCACGAGCAAGAUGGCUUCCCGUAUGUUUAGUUGGGAACACUGGUAUCUUCUGAGGAUGCCGUUCACGUGGCUUAUCGGUUGCUUUUUUAAAUGUGUAAAUACGUGGGAAAGGAAAGCAUUAUUGUGAGUGUCACUAUGUGACAACAGUAGAGAAUCUAUAUUGGGUUUGCAGAAGUUCUUGUAAAUGCUUACUUCUCUAUAAUAAAUCUGGUUCCAUGGAAACGUUCCCAUAAA